AUGGCGGCUGAGGGGAAGAAGGCGAGGCCGAGGGAGGAAGAGCUCGUGGAGGCCGCGCUGGCCGCGGCGGCCGCAGCGCUGCUCGUGUCGGUCGUUAAGAGGCUGGUGGCGCCGGCCGUGCCCGUAGUAGCGCCGUGGUGGUGGCCCGCGUCGCUCUCGGUGCCGUCGCCCGCGCUGUUCCUGCUCCUCAACGUCAUCAUCGCGUCCAUCGUCGUGGCGUCCGUGCAGCCGCGGCGGAGAGCGGCAGCGUCUGCGGGCGCCAUCGACGAACGGGAGGCGCCGGCGGCGCGGGGAGACGCUGCGAAGAGGGCCAAGAGGAGGAGGAGCAAGAAGCGAACGGCGGCCGAGCCCGCCGUUGCGGAUGGCUGCUGCAUGGCGCUGGUCGUCACGGACGAGCCGAUAGAGGAGUUGCCGGCGGCGGCGGCGGCGGUGAUGGACGAGGAGGUGGCGGCAGAUGAGGAAGCGGCCGGCAACGCGGAGGAGGUGAACAAGCGGGCUGAGGAGUUCAUCUCGGCCUUCCGGCACCACCUCAGGGUCGACUCCUUCUCGUCCGGAACCCGGCGAAGCAACGCUAGAAUGGCACCAUGCUCUUGA